CACAUGUCUCCAGUCAGUCUCAGUGAGACAGCCAGUAAACCUUAAGGAAUGAGAGAGAGGCUGCAGGUCGCAGCUGACUCUCACUGUUGAGUUCCUUCAUAGUUUACUACAGACAAACUGCAGGAGGAAAAGAGAAAAGGGACGGCAGUCUGAAGGUUAAUGUGCGGCCCGACAUGCCACCUCACAUGGAUUACUUCUACCACGAGUCCCGAGUCCCAUCUGCCUGCGGGCUGACCCGGGAGGAUGAGCUGGAGCCCGGCGUCAUCAGCUGUAUGCUGGUCGGAGAUGGAGCUGUCGGGAAGACCAGCAUGAUCGUCAGCUACACCUCCAAUGGUUACCCUACAGAGUAUAAACAGACGGGAUUUGAUGUAUUCUCUGGUCAGGUCCAAGUGGAAGGAUCUCCGGUCAAAGUUCAGCUGCUGGACACUGCUGGACAGGAGGAGUUUGAUGAAUUCAGGGCUCUGUCCUACGCCCAUGCGGAUGUUUUCCUCCUGUGUUUCAGCAUGGUCAACCCCUCAUCAUUUCACAACGUUACUAAAAAGUGGGUUCCAGAUAUCCGGGCUCACAAUCCCUCCUCACCUAUCAUCCUUGUUGGGACACAGUCGGACCUUCUGUUGGACGUGAACGUCCUCAUAAACCUGGACAAAUCAAACGUCAAGCCAAUUCCGAGUUCUCGGGCCAGGAGCAUGGCUGACAAGAUCAGGGCCACGGACUACAUUGAGUGUUCGUCACUCACACAAAAGAACUUAAAGGAGGCAUUUGAUUCGGCCAUCUUUGCUGCCAUUAAGAACAAAGCCCGAAAGACAAAGAAGAGGAGGUUUUCCGACAGGCGCACCAAGGCGUUCUCAAGGUGCAGCUGGAAGAAGUUCUUCUGCUUCAUCUGAGCUCCAUUAAUUGUUAACCCUGUGGGUUAUGGACAAAUGAUGAACUUUUUAAGUUCUUACUUUCACUUAAUGCUGCAGGUCCCAUUUGUGGUACUUUUUCAUCUUUCUCCUGAGUAUUUGGCUUUUAUUCAACUCUGGAUGCUAACUGGUG